AUGGCUGUCGACACAAAAGACCCAGAGGCUGCGGCUCGUGGCACACUCGCCCUCCUCGAGACGCGUCUUCGUCACCUUGAAUUCCUGCUAAAGGGUACCACUAAUCAAGAUGGCAUACCUGAGCCAGCGACGAGUCCAGCACAAGGAAAAGACACGGUGUGGUCCAGGCUCGAUGUCCUCCAAGCCUCGUUCGAACGUCUAAAGAAACACAAUGGGGCUACCAGCAUAAUGAUUCGUGACGUUGAGCACUUGUCAUCUGCCUAUCCCGACUUGUUUGCUUCUACAGAGACGACCACAGAGGUGCCCAAGUCGCAAGAUCUGAGCACCCUUGCCUCGAUUGUCCUUGCCCAUGCGACGUUGUUUCCCGAGACGGCUUCGAGACUCUCUUCCUUGCAGACGCUGCAGAUUCCUCCCGCCGAACACAGCUCGGAAUUGCUGUCUUUGGUCCCACGACUCGAACGGUGCAACCAAACCGAGGAAGAACUGGCGAAUGAAGUACGCGCGCUACGUGAACGUAGUGCCCAUUGCCUUGAAUGGUGGAUCAAAGUUGGCGUUGUAGGAAUGGGAGACCUGUGGGAAGACUGGGAAAGAAGAGUAGGCGAAGUCGAGAAACACCUGAUCCGCUGGGAGCGGCGAGCGAAAGAAGAACAAGGCUAUCUGUGA